GCCGAGACCCCCGCCAUGGCCGCGCCCGCGCCGCUGCUCUGCCUGCUGGGGCUGCUGCUGGGGCUGCUGCUGGCGCCGCCGCCGGCCGCCGGGCCGGGCCCCCCGAGCGCCGCCUUCCGCGCCGAGACGCGCGAGCGGACCUUCAACCACCUGGCGGUGCACCGCGGCACGGGCGCCGUGUACGUGGGCGCCGUGAACCGCGUGUACAAGCUGGCGGGCGACCUGACGCUGCAGGUGGCGCACACCACGGGCCCCGCGGAGGACAACAAGGCCUGCUACCCGCCGCUGACCGUGCAGCCGUGCGCCGAGGCCCUGGCCCUGACCGACAACGUCAACAAGCUGCUGCUCAUCGACUACGCGGCCGAGCGGCUGCUGGCCUGCGGCAGCCUGUUCCAGGGCGUGUGCAAGCUGCUGCGCCUGGCCGACCUGUUCACGCUGGGCGAGCCCUCGCACAAGAAGGAGCACUACCUGUCCAGCGACCCGCGCGCCGGCACCAUGGCGGGCGUCAUCGUGGGCGCCACGCUCUUCGUGGGCACGGCCGUGGACGGCAAGCAGGACUACUUCCCCACGCUGUCCAGCCGCAAGCUGCCGCGGGACCCCGAGUCGGCGGCCAUGCUGGACUACGAGCUGCACAGCGACUUCGUGUCGUCGCUCAUCAAGAUCCCGUCCGACACGCUGGCGCUGGCGGCGCACUUCGACAUCGCCUACGUGUACGGCUUCGCCAGCGGCGGCUUCGUGUACUUCCUCACCGUGCAGCCCGAGACGCCCGCGGCCGGCGGCCCGGGGCCCGCGCCCGCCGAGCUGCCCCUGACGUCGCGGGUGGUGCGGCUGUGCCGCGACGACCCCAAGUUCCACUCGUACGUGUCGCUGCCCCUGGGCUGCUCGCGCCACGGCGUGGCCUACCGCCUGCUGCAGGCCGCCUUCCUGGCCCGGCCGGGCCCCGCGCUGGCCCGCGCCCUCAACGGCAGCGCGGCGGACGAUGUGCUGUUCGCCGUGUUCGCGCGCGGCCAGAAGCAGUACCUGCAGCCGCCCGACGACUCGGCCCUCUGCGUGUUCCCGCUGCGCGCCCUCAACCGGCAGAUCAAGGCCCGGCUGCGCGCCUGCUACCAGGGCGAGGGCCACCUGGAGCUCAGCUGGCUGCUGGGCAAGGACGUGCAGUGUACCAAGGCCCCCGUCCCCAUCGAGGACGAUUUCUGCGGCCUGGACAUCAACCAGCCUCUGGGCGGCUCCACGCCGGUGGAGGGGCUGCCGCUGUACGCCACCAGCCGCGACCGGCUGACCGCUGUGGCCGCCUACGUGUACGACGGACAUAGCGUGGUCUUCCUGGGCACCAGGAGUGGUAAGCUGCAGAAGGUCCGAGCGGACGGGCCGCCCCACGGCGGGGUGCACUACGAGACGGUGUCGGUGCUCAGGGACGGCAGCCCCAUCCUGAGAGACAUGGCCUUCUCCAUCGACCAGCGCUACCUCUACGUGCUGUCUGAGAGGCAGGUGACCAGGGUCCCCGUGGAGUCCUGUGAGCAGUACACCACCUGUGGGCAGUGCCUGAGCUCAGGGGACCCGCACUGCGGCUGGUGCACCUUGCACAGCAUGUGCUCCCGCCGGGACAGGUGCCCAAGGGCCUGGGAGCAGCACCGCUUCACGGCCAGCCUCGAGCAGUGUGUGGAUGUGCAGGUGGAGCCGGGCAGCAUCUCUGUGUCAGAGCCCAGCCAGCUGCUCAGCCUCGUGGUCAGCGGCGCCCCUGACCUGUCAGCGGGUGUCACCUGUGCCUUCGGGAACCUCACGGAGGUGGACGGCCAAGUCUCAGGUGGCCAGGUGGUCUGUGCCACCCCUGGGCCCAGAGAUGUCCCCCUCAUUCCUGUGGACCAAGACUGGUUCGGCCUGGAGCUGCAGCUGCGGUCCCGGGAGACUGGGAAGCUGUUCGUCAGCACCGAGUUCAAGUUCUUCAACUGCAGUGCCCACCAGCUGUGCCUGUCCUGUGUGACCAGUGCCUUCCGCUGCCACUGGUGCAAGUACCGCCACAUGUGCACACACCAGCCAGCCACCUGCUCCUUCCAGGAAGGUCGCAUCAACUCCUCAGAGGACUGUCCCCAGCUGGUGCCCACGGCCGAGAUCCUGAUCCCAGUGGGGGAGGUGAAGCCCAUCACGCUCCGGGCCCGCAACCUCCCUCAGCCGCAGUCCGGGCAGCGUGGGUAUGAGUGUGUGCUCAGUGUCCAGGGCGCCCUGCACCGUGUGCCCGCCCUGCGUUUCAACAGCUCCAGCGUGCAGUGCCAGAACAGCUCGUACCAGUAUGAUGGGACAGACACCAGCAACUUGGCGGUGGACUUCGCUGUGGUCUGGAACGGCAACUUCAUCAUCGACAACCCGCAGGGCCUGAGAGUGCACCUGUACAAGUGUGCGGCCCAGCGGGACAGCUGCGGGCAGUGUCUGAAGGCCGAGCGCAAGUUCCAGUGCGGCUGGUGCAGCGGAGAACGUAGAUGCAGCCUGAGGCGGCACUGCCCCACGCCUGCGGGGCCCUGGCUCGACUGGUCCAGCACCAACGUCAAGUGCUCCCACCCGCAGAUCACCGAGAUCCUGACAGUGUCGGGGCCCCCGGAAGGAGGGACCCGAGUGACCAUCCGUGGUGUGAACCUCGGUCUGGACUUCAGAGACAUCGCCAGGCACGUGCGGGUGGCCGGAGUGCCCUGCUCACCCCUGAUCCAGGACUACAUAGUUGCUGAGCAGAUCGUCUGCGAGAUGGGCCAGGCCCAGGAGGGGGCGUCCUCGGGGCCCGUGCACUUAUGCGUGGGCGAGUGCCAGCCUCAGUUCACCGCCAGGUCCCAGCAGCACUACACUUUUGUGGACCCCUCCGUGCUGUCCCUCAGCCCCAUCCGGGGCCCUGAGUCAGGGGGCACCAAGGUCACCAUCACUGGUCACCACUUGGGGGCCGGGAGCAGCGUGGCCGUGCACCUGGGCAACCAGACCUGCAAAUUCUAUGGGCGCUCCAUGAACGAGAUCGUGUGCGUGUCCGCCGCCUCGUCCGCCGGCCUGGGCGUGGUGCCUGUGUCCGUGAGUGUGGACCGUGCUCAGGUGGACAGUGACCUGCAGUUUGAGUACAUUGACGACCCGCGGGUGCAGCACAUUGAGCCCGAGUGGAGCAUCGCCAGCGGCCACACCCCGCUGACGGUGACAGGCUUCAACCUGGACGUGAUCCAGGAGCCGCGAGUGCGCGUCAAGUUCAACGGCAAGGAGUCCCUGAACGUCUGCUCCGUGGUCAACGCCACCACGCUCGCCUGCCUGGCGCCCUCGCUGACGGCCGAGUACCGGCCCGGCCUGGACGCCGUGGAGCGGCCUGACGAGUUCGGCUUCGUGUUCAACGGCGUGCGCUCGCUGCUGGUCUACAACGCCACCCGCUUCACCUACUACCCCAACCCCACCUUCGAGCUGCUCAGCCCCUCGGGCCUGCUCCACCAGAAGCCGGGCGCCCCCAUCAUCCUCAAGGGCAGGAACUUGUGCCCUCCUGCCUCUGGGGGUGCCCGGCUCAACUACACUGUGCUCAUCGGGGACACGCCCUGCGCCAUCACUGUGUCCGAGACACAGCUGCUCUGUGAGCCCCCACCACUGACUGGGCAGCACAGGGUCACGGUACACGUGGGUGGCGUGGUCUUCUCGCCCGGUUCAGUGAGCGUGGCAGCCGACAGCCUGCUGACCCUGCCCGCCGUGGUCAGCAUUGCGGCUGGGGGCAGCCUGCUGCUGCUGGUGGUGGUCACGGUGCUGGUGGCCUACAGGCGCAAGUCCCGCGAGAAUGACCUCACGCUCAAGAGGCUGCAGAUGCAGAUGGACAGCCUGGAGUCCCGUGUGGCGCUGGAGUGCAAGGAGGCGUUUGCAGAGCUGCAGACGGACAUCAACGAGCUGACCAGCGACCUGGACCGCUCAGGCAUCCCCUACCUGGACUACCGCACCUACGCCAUGCGGGUGCUCUUCCCAGGCAUCGAGGACCACCCCGUGCUGCGGGAGCUGGAGGUGCAGGGCCACGCGCAGCAGCAGGUGGAGAAGGCGCUGCGGCUGUUCGCGCAGCUGCUGCACAGUAAGGUGUUCCUGCUCACCUUCGUGCGCACCCUCGAGGCCCAGCGCGGCUUCUCCAUGCGCGACCGAGGCAACGUGGCCUCGCUCAUCAUGACGGCGCUGCAGGCCCGCCUCGAGUUCGCCACCGACGUGCUCAAGCAGCUGCUGGCCGACCUCAUCGCGAAGAACCUGGAGAACAAGAACCACCCCAAGCUGCUGCUGCGCAGGACGGAGUCUGUGGCUGAGAAGAUGCUCACCAAUUGGUUUGCCUUUCUGCUGCACAAGUUCCUGAAGGAGUGCGCGGGGGAGCCUCUCUUCAUGCUGUUCUGCGCCAUCAAGCAGCAGGUGGAGAAGGGGCCCAUCGACGCCGUGACCGGGGAGGCGCGCUACUCACUGAGCGAGGACAAGCUCAUCCGCCAGCAGAUCGACUACAAGACGCUGACCCUGAACUGCGUGAACCCCGACAACGAGAACAGCCCCGAGAUUCCCAUGAAGGCGCUCAACUGCGACACCAUCACGCAGGCCAAGGAGAAGAUCCUGGACGCUGUCUACAAGAAUGCGCCUUACUCACAGCGGCCGCGGGCAGUGGACAUGGACCUGGAGUGGCGCCAGGGCCGCCUGGCACGUGUGGUGCUGCAGGAUGAAGACAUCACCACCAAGAUCGAGGGCGACUGGAAGAGGCUGAACACGCUGGGGCAUUACCAGGUGUCAGACCGCUCAGUGGUAGCCCUGGUGCCCAAGCAGACCUCCUCCUACAACAUCCCCGCGUCGGCCAGCAUCUCCCGGACGUCCAUCAGCAGAUACGACUCCUCCUGCAGGUACACGGGCAGCCCAGACAGCCUGCGCUCCCGCGCCCCCAUGAUCACGCCUGACCUGGAGAGCGGGGUCAAGCUGUGGCACCUGGUGAAGAACCACGACCAUGGCGAUCACAGGGAGGGCGACCGCGGCAGCAAGAUGGUGUCUGAGAUCUACCUGACGCGGCUGCUGGCCACCAAGGGCACGCUGCAGAAAUUCGUGGACGACUUGCUGGAGACGCUGUUCAGCACCGUGCACAGGGGCAGCGCCCUGCCGGUCCCCAUCAAGUACAUGUUUGACUUCCUGGACGAGCAGGCCGACAAGCACGGCAUCCACGACACAGACGUGCGCCACACCUGGAAAAGCAACUGCCUGCCCCUGCGCUUCUGGGUGAACGUCAUCAAGAACCCGCAGUUCGUCUUCGACAUCCACAAGAGCAGCGUGACGGAUGCCUGCCUGUCGGUGGUGGCGCAGACCUUCAUGGACUCCUGCUCCACGUCCGAGCACCGGCUGGGCAAGGACUCGCCCUCCAACAAGCUGCUCUACGCCAAGGACAUCCCCAGCUACAAGAGCUGGGUGGAGAGGUACUAUGCCGACAUCGCCAAGCUGCCGGCCGUCAGCGACCAGGACAUGAACGCCUACCUGGCGGAGCAGUCGCGGCUGCACGCGGCCGAGUUCCACAUGCUGAGCGCCCUGAGCGAGCUCUACUCCUACGUCAGCAAGUACAGCGAGGAGCUCGUGGGGGCCCUGCAGCAGGACGAGCAGGCCCAGCGCCAGCGUCUGGCCUUCAAGGUGGAGCAGCUGAUCUCGGCCAUGGCCAUCGAGAGCUGAGGGCCGCCUGCACGGAGGACCCCACACGGCCGGCGGUGGAGCCCGGGGCCCGGGGCUGGGCCCGGCCAGGUGGCAGAGCAAGGAGGCCCCCGGGCAGGGUGCCAGGCAGGGGUCGCGGCUUUGCAUGAGAAAACUGAUGUAUCGGAAAUGCUGAGAAAUCUAUUUAAGUUUUUUAAGAAAAAGGGGGAAAUGGGAAUAAAAGAAAGGAAAGCCCGUGGACGCCGCCUCCUGGUUGCUUCUGAGUCCCCCACCCCGUCCAUCCUCGUCCAGCUCCCGCUGUCCACCCUGCAGACACCGGCAGGGGUCACCUAGAGAGACAGACAGAGAGACAGAGCGAGAGAGGACGGGGCAGCCCCCCAUGGGGGCUGGAGCAGACUGUGUCCGGUGCCCUCCGCCACCCUCUGACCUCUCACCUCCGACCCUGGCCAGCCCGCCCGUGCGUGGCCUGCUGCUUUUUGCCUUCUCUUUGCUCUGUGAAGCCACCGGAAGGGACCGCGGUGGCCGACGGCAGGCAGACCCGGGUGGGUGCAGCCCAGGGGCGUCAUCCCCAAGGGCCGUCCCGACCGCCCCCGGCCGCAGCAAGGGCCCCGGAGGCCUGGAGAGCGGCCGUUGGCCGCAGCAACGCCUGAAGGGCCGGUGAAGGCACCCGGCCUGGUGGGCCACCUCCCUGCCCGCAGCUGCCGCGCCCACGGCCCAGGGCCUCCUGUGCGUGGCCUCUCUCCAUCUGCCGGGGACCGGCCGCCAAGGGCCAAGCUCUGAGGGUCUCGGCCCACAGCCUCACCCGGAGAGGCAGCUGCGGCCAUGGUGGCCGUGCCCGGUUUGCAAGGACACACAGCCGGCCUGGGGACAAGAGGACAGAGAGGACCAGGCCCCCUCUGCCUGAGGGAGAAUGGAUGGUCCCCACAGCCCACCCAGCGCCUCCCCCAGGCGGCCCACCAGCUCCCACCCGCCCUCCCGCCAGGCACCAGGCAUGCAUCACCGGCAGGUCCAGAGGGCCUGGCUGACCCGUGUCAGGACGCGCUGUCUCCAGCCCCCUCGCACUCGGUCGCACAGGCCCCUGGAGCUACCCGCUGACCCUCUGUGCCCGGUGGCCGCCUGUGGGACCCCAAGCCCCUCUCCCCACACUCUUGCCGCUGGGUUCGGCGGCUCUCAGCACGGCUGGGGCGGGACCCCUCCACCCAACCCCCAGCGUUCCUGUCUUCCUGACACGGGGGGGGGGGGACACUGGGGGGGAGCUCAGCACUGGGGUGAGGCUGGGGGGGCAGAGGGAACCAGGCAUGUUUCUGGGGUGAGGCUGGGGGGGCAGAGCGAACCAGCCAGGACCCAGCCCAGGGAGCCAGGGAGCCCCCUCCACAAGAUGGGGAGCAGCCCUAUGUUCAGCUGCCAAGGAGAACAGGCACCAACCAAGGAGGCCUGCCUGGAGGUGGCAGCCCCACCUUCUGAACCUGUGGAGGAAGGGCAGGACAACUGCUCCUGGGUACUCCCUCCAGGGAGAGAGCAGUCGCUGCUUCCAGAAUCUCCCAGCCUGCUGUUACUUGGACAGGAGGAGCCGAGGGUUGGGGGGUUGGGCAGCACCGAGCAGACAGGGCUCCCAGCACACCCCCCAGAGUGAGCGCAGGGCUGCAGGAAGGGAGGCAGCCCCCCCACCUCACUGGGACCCAACUUCUGCAGAGCCAAGCAGGCCGCCAGCCCUCAGGAGACUGGGCUCUGCUGCAGGGAGAGGCUGGGCGCUCUGGAGGUGGCCCCGCAAGUCCCCCCCCCCCCCCGUACCUACCCUGCACAGCCCCCCUCCCACCCCAGAAAGUGAGUCAUCGGGCGCCCUGACCCCCGGGUAAGGGGCCGGGUCUCAGGGGACCCUGGGAGCCCCUACCCUCUCUGGCUCCCAGAGAGAGUCUCCCCCGGAGGGUGUCAGAGCCCGGGCUCCCCACAGGCCCCGGCCUGGCCCUGCCCUCUGAGCGACACUGGAGGGGCACCGGGACGCGGCCCCCAAAGCAGAGGCUCUGGGGCCGGCGGGAGGGGCAGCCCUCGCGGGACGCCGGGCGGGCGGAGUCAGUCGCCUGUUUCCAGCAGAGGACCGUCCGUCCGGCGUGAAGACUCCAGACGUGCAGUGGACGGGGCUUCUGCUCCGCGUAUCACUGUGCACCUACUGUAAAUACCAGACGCUCCUAUUUUGCAAGCCGAGGACGCAAUUUGUACUGUUGUCAUAUCUGAAUAAAGUUUACUGGAUAAAAAAGG